AUGCAGUCAUUCUUCCUAUCCGCCUCCUUGGCACUGUUUAGUACGCGAGUUCUUGCUCAGUACUAUCUUGUUGACGAUUAUGUAUCCGACGGACAAUUCUUCAAUAGAUUCAACUUCGAUACCAGCGAUCCAACACACGGAUUUGUGCAAUAUCAAACCCGGAAUGAUGCUCAGAGCAGUGGCCUCAUCUCUGCUUCCGGCUCCAAUGUCUUCAUAGGCGUGGAUGACUCAAAUGUUACUCCGAAUGGACGGCCCAGCGUGCGCAUAACUAGCAACAAGACGUACGAUUCCGGACUUUUCAUCCUAGAUCUCCAACAUAUGCCUGGUGGAAUUUGUGGAACAUGGCCUGCGUAUUGGCAUGUUAUUCGUAUCCUCUGGUCCGAUACAAAACGGGUACUGACGAUCGCACAGGACGGUGGGGCCCAAUUGGCCAAGCAAUGGCGAGAUUGACAUAAUCGAGGGUGUUCACCAACAGACCGUCAACGACAUGAGCUUCCACACCAGUGAUAAUUGCACACUCGCCAACACAGGUGCUUUCAGCGGAAACGAGGUCUCCUCGAAUUGCUACAUCAAUGCACCUGGUCAAUCUUCCAACCAAGGCUGCACCACUCAAGGUCGCAACACCAACACCUACGGUUCCGGGUUUAACAACAUCGGAGGUGGAGUCUAUGCCACAGAAUGGGUCAGCGAUGCCAUCUCCAUUUGGUUCUUCCCUCGUGGCCAGAUUCCGCAGGACAUCCAGAACGGCCAGCCUAGUCCUGGAUCCUGGGGCGCACCAUUGACACAGCUUUAUGGACCUCAGGGAUGCGACAUUCCUAGCCAUUUCAACGCGCACAGCAUCGUCUUCGACACGACCUUCUGCGGUGAUUGGGCUGGCGCUGUGUGGGGCAGCACUUCUUGCGCUGCUGCUGCAUCUUCUUGCAACGACUUCGUCGCGAACAACCCGCAAGCCUUCGAUCAAGCGUACUGGUCCAUCAACAGCCUCAAGAUCUACCACAUCAAUGGUCAGGCCAACUUCAAGGCAUUCACUGCACCUACGCCGGAGAAUGGAACGUCGGCUCAGCCGGAUUCUGUGAGCGAGCUUGAUUUCGUGCCCGAGAAUUCCUUGGUGCCGGUCAGCCCCAUGGGCAACUCGUCUGUUCCAGACCAGCAGAGGCUCAUGAGAGAGGCGAGGAGGAAGAGGGCGCAGUCGAUCAAGCUUUGA